AUGGACGUUCCAGAAGCCAAUGACUUGGCAGCACAAAUGGAAUCACAAUGGAGGGAAAUAGAAUUGGCACUCCAGCAAUCUAAGACACAAAUGGUAGCCAGGGAAGAAGGAAGCCCAUUAGAAUUUGAAAUUGGGGAAGAGGCAUGGCUAGACGCCAAAAACCUCAAGAUCAAAACUCUGAGCCCCAAACUUACCAAACAACAGGUGGGACCCUUCAAAGUCACUGAAAGGAUUUCCAAUUGUGCCUACCAGUUGGAACUGCUGCCUUCUAUGCAAGUACACAACAUAUUUUAUGUGGGGCUACUAUCCAAAGUGAAAAGGGACAAGAAAAGGGCAUUUGAAAACAGGCCACCACCAGUCACUGUGGACAGAGAGGAGGAAUACAAAGUAGAGGGAAUCAUGGACAUGGAAAAAAGGAAUGGAAAGUGGUUUUUUGGGGUGAAAUGGAAAGGCUAUGGAUCAGAGGAAAAUACCUGGGAGCCAAGGGAAAACCUCAAGAAUGCUGAGAAAAUCCUGAAAAAUUUCAAAAAAGAAAUAAAGGAAAAGGCCCUUAGAGGGGGGGCAGUGUUGUAG